GUUCUUUCGGCGCCGCAGAGGAGAAACAGAGUAUAUUUAUCGCGGGCGUUUUUCUUCCUCCUUCUCUCCGCUGUACUUUUUUUCUGCUUUAGUAUUAGAUUGCCGUAGUUAGGUUUAGAGCUUCAGACGCGCACCGACUGCAGUCGAAGCCGUUUUGGAGGAGAAUGAAGUCGGUUUAUAACGGAUAUUUCUCACAAUAGAAGAAGUGUCGACUUCCCGAGCAGCAGUUUGCACGGAGCUGAGUGACGUUAUGCUAGCAGCUUUCUCUUCACUAGUCUUUGCUGUUUCAGGAUCCUGCAGGAGGAUCGCUCUAGGAAACUCGAGAGCGGAAUUGUAAAGUGAAGUAGGACAGACACAGCAAGAUGUCCGGGGCUUCAGUGAAAGUAGCAGUGAGGGUGCGACCCUUCAACUCCAGAGAGAUGGCCAGUGACUCCAAAUGUAUUAUCCAGAUGCAAGGCAACACGACCACUAUCUCCAACCCCAAAAACCCAAAAGAACCAUUGAAGACCUUCAGCUUCGACUAUUCAUACUGGUCCCAUACCACGAUAGAAGAUCCCAGCUUUGCCUCCCAGUCAAAGGUAUUCAAUGACAUCGGCAAAGAGAUGCUGCAGCAUGCCUUCGAAGGCUACAACGUGUGCAUUUUCGCAUACGGACAGACUGGGGCAGGGAAGUCCUAUACCAUGAUGGGGAAACAGGAAGAGGGGCAAGAGGGGAUCAUCCCACUGCUCUGCGAAGAUCUCUUUGAGAAAAUCAAUGACAACAGGAAAGAUGAAAUCUCCUAUUCUGUAGAGGUCAGCUACAUGGAAAUCUAUUGCGAAAGAGUUCGGGAUUUACUGAACCCCAAGAACAAGGGGAACCUGCGAGUCCGGGAGCACCCCCUGCUGGGCCCGUACGUGGAAGAUCUCUCCAAACUGGCCGUCACCUCGUACACCGACAUCGCAGACCUGAUGGACGCCGGGAACAAAGCCAGGACUGUAGCUGCCACCAACAUGAAUGAAACCAGCAGCAGAUCCCAUGCAGUGUUCACGAUAGUCUUCACACAGAGGAAGCUCGACGCAGAAACCAAUCUUUCAACAGAAAAGGUCAGCAAAAUCAGCCUGGUGGACCUGGCGGGCAGUGAAAGAGCUGACUCCACUGGGGCCAAGGGGACCAGGUUAAAGGAAGGUGCAAAUAUCAACAAAUCCCUCACAACAUUAGGAAAAGUGAUCUCUGCUCUCGCUGAAGUUGAUAACUGCACCAGCAAGAGCAAGAAGAAAAAGAAGACGGACUUCAUACCAUACAGAGACUCUGUGCUGACAUGGCUGCUUAGAGAGAAUUUAGGCGGAAACUCUAGAACUGCGAUGGUUGCUGCUCUCAGUCCAGCGGACAUUAACUAUGAUGAAACACUUGGCACUUUAAGGUACGCGGAUCGGGCCAAACAGAUCAAAUGCAACGCUGUGAUCAAUGAAGAUCCCAACGCCAAGCUGGUCCGCGAACUCAAGGAGGAAGUGGGCAGGCUGAAGGACUUGCUGCGAGCUCAGGGCCUGGGAGAUAUCCUGGACAUUGAUCCAAUGGGAGAUGAUUACCCAGGAGAUGGAGGCACAUACCUGAAAGACGUACACAACAAUAACCAUAGAUACUUACUAGCCUCUGAGAAUCAACGCCCUGGCAAUUUCUCCACAGCACCCACAGGUUCCCUGACAGCCUCCCCAUCUUCCUGCUCUCUCAGCAGCCAGGCUGGGCUGCAGUCUGUCACCAGCAUACAGGAACGUAUCAUGUCCACGCCGGGAGGAGAAGAGGCCAUCGAACGGCUAAAGGUACGAAGCAUUAUAGGUGCUGCCCGCCACUUCGGGGGCACAGUGCUGGGCGUUUUCUCUCCUAAAAAGACUCCGCAUCUUGUUAACCUCAAUGAAGACCCUCUCAUGUCAGAGUGUCUGCUGUAUUACAUCAAAGACGGCAUUACAAGGGUUGGCCAGGCAGAUCCAGAAAGACGUCAAGAUAUUGUUCUGAGUGGAGCCCAUAUCAAAGAGGAGCACUGCAUCUUCAGAAGCGAGAGGAAUGGCAACGGGGAUGUUAUCGUCCUGCUGGAACCGUGUGAAGGGUCGGAGACAUACGUUAAUGGGAAACGAGUCGGCGCUUCCGUGCAGCUGCGCUCAGGCAACCGUAUCAUCAUGGGAAAGAACCAUGUGUUCCGUUUCAACCACCCCGAGCAGGCCCGCGCUGAGAGGGAGAAGACUCCAUCCGCAGAGACCCCCUCUGAACCAGUGGACUGGACCUUUGCUCAGAGGGAGCUGCUGGAGAAGCAGGGCAUUGAUAUGAAGCAGGAGAUGGAGAAAAGGCUUACAGAGAUGGAAAUCUUGUACAAAAAGGAGAAGGAAGAAGCAGAUCAGCUUCUGGAACAGCAGAGACUGGUGUACGAGAGCAAGCUGCAGGAGCUGCAGAAGCAGGUGGAGACUCGCUCGCUGACUGCUGAGACCACUGAGGAGGAGGAGGAAGAGGAGGAAGUACCCUGGACCCAGCAUGAGUUUGAGACAGCGCAGUGGGCAUUCCGAAAGUGGAAAUAUCACCAGUUCACCUCGCUCCGAGACCAGCUGUGGGGCAACGCUGUGUACCUCAAAGAGGCCAAUGCCAUCAGCGUGGAACUGAAGAAGAGGGUGCAGUUCCAGUUCGUGCUGCUCACAGACACGCUGUACUCCCCCCUGCCCCCCGAGCUGCUCCCCACGGAGGCAGGGAAGGACCGGGACCCUCGCCCCUUCCCCAGGACCGUGGUGGCCGUGGAGGUGCAGGACCUCAAGAACGGAGCCACCCAUUACUGGUCCCUGGAGAAACUCAAGCAAAGGCUGGAUCAGAUGCGUGAGAUGUAUGACCGAGCUGGUGAAAUGGCGUCCUCCAUUCAUGAAGACAAUGACAGCGUGCUGACCGGGAACGACCCCUUCUACGACCGCUUCCACUGGUUCAAGCUUGUGGGAAGCUCCCCUAUUUUCCACGGCUGUGUGAACGAGCGGCUCGCGGACCGCACCCCGUCUCCGACCUUCUCCACGGCCGACUCGGACAUCACUGAGUUGGCCGACGAGCAGCAGGACGAAAUGGACGACUUUGACGACGAGGCCUUUGUGGACGACACUGGCUCGGACGCGGGCACUGAAGAGGGAUCGGACAUCUUCAGUGAUGGCCAGGACCCAUUUUACGACCGGUCUCCCUGGUUCAUUUUAGUGGGAAGAGCCUUUGUGUAUCUCAGUAACCUCCUGUACCCAGUGCCCCUCGUCCACAGAGUGGCGAUUGUGAGUGAGAAAGGGGAGGUUCGAGGAUUCCUGCGUGUCGGGGUCCAAGCCAUUGCAGCUGAUGAAGAAGCUCCAGACUAUGGCUCAGGAGUGCGACAGUCAGGAACUGCCAAAAUUUCUUUUGACGAUGAAUACUUCCAAACUAGUGACUGUUCCACUGUUGCACUGACCCGGUCAGGGCUGUCCCUUGAGGAGCUGAGGUAUGUGGAAGGGCAGGGUCAGAGUUCAGAGGUCGUAACCCCUUCAGAAGAGCACAACAGGAUAAAUGAACUGGAUCUGAAGGGUAACAUGAGGGACACCAAGCUGUCCAUUGAAGGUCUGACGGAGGAGCUGGCGAACCAGCUGGUGGUCGGAAGAGUCUUUACCUUCCGAGUGACCGUCCUGCAGGCCAUCGGGAUUCUUCCGGAGUACGCAGACAUCUUCUGCCAGUUCAACUUCCUGCAUCGUCACGAUGAAGCGUUUUCCACUGAACCGUUAAAGAACACUGGGCGAGGGGCUCCUCUGGGAUUCUUCCAUGUGCAGAACGUUGCUGUUGAGGUGACAGAGUCUUUCAUUGAGUAUAUAAAGACCAAGCCCAUUGUGUUUGAGGUGUUUGGACACUACCAGCAGCAUCCUCUACACUAUCAGGGGCUGGACAGCCUCCUACAACCCUCUCGCAAAUCUCUCCCUCCACCAAUGCCGCUGUCUAAACCAGUUCCAGCUACUAAACUAAAUGCCAUAAGCAAGCCCAAUCUGGGACAAUGUGUCAGCAAGUAUGACCUACUGGUCUGGUUUGAGAUCAGUGAACUGGAACCCACUGGGGAGUAUAUCCCUGCAGUCGUGGAUCACACAGGAGGCCUCCCCUGUCACGGCACUUACCUGCUUCAUCAGGGUAUUCAGCGCAGAAUCACAGUCACCAUCAUCCACGAGAAAGGCAGUGAGCUGCACUGGAAGGAUGUGCGAGAGCUGGUUGUAGGUCGCAUCAGAAAUAAACCGGAGGUGGACGAUGCUGCUGCAGAUGCUGUUUUGUCUCUGAAUAUAAUCUCAGCAAAGAAUAUCAAGUCUUCACACAAUUCCAACAGGACCUUCUACCGGUUUGAGGCAGUGUGGGACAGCUCUCUACACAACUCUCUUCUCCUGAACCGCGUGACUCCGUACGGGGAGAAGAUUUACAUGACCCUGUCUGCAUACCUGGAGCUUGACCACUGCAUCCAGCCUGCAGUGAUCACGAAGGACGUCUGUAUGGUGUUCUACUCCCGGGAUGCUAAAAUUUCCCCCCCUGGCUCUCUGAAGAGCCUGUUUGGUAGAGGAUACUCCAAGUCACCUGACUGUAACAGAGUGACUGGGAUCUAUGAGCUGAGCUUGUGCAAAAUGGCAGACACAGGCAGCCCAGGUAUGCAGAGAAGGAGGAGAAAGGUCCUGGAUACGUCGGUGGCGUACGUCAGGGGCGAGGAGAACCUGGCUGGGUGGAGACCUCGUGGAGACAGCCUCAUUCUGGAGCACCAGUGGGAGCUUGAGAAACUAGACCUGCUGCAUGAGGUUGAGAAGACCCGGCACCUGCUGCUGCUGCGUGAGAAGCUGGGCGAGACGACGGCCCCCAAGUCCCUGAGCGAGUCCCUCUCCCCUAGCUUGAGCAGCGGCACCCUGAGCACCUCCACCAGCAUCUCCUCCCAGAUCUCCAGCGCCACCUUCGAGAGCGCCAUCACCCCCAGCGAGAGCAGUGGCUACGACUCCACCGACAUAGAGAGCCUGGUUGAGCGCGAGAAGGAGCUUGCCACCAAGUGCCUGCGACUCCUAACCCACACCUUCAACAGAGAGUAUAACCAGGUCUGCAACAGCAUCAGUGACUGCAAACUGUCAGAUAUCUCUCCGAUGGGACGGGAUCCUUCAGUGUCGAGCUUCAGCAGUGCCACUCUCACGCCGUCAUCUACCUGCCCCUCCCUGGUGGACUCCAGAUGUAACUCCACAGACCAAAAAACUCCAGAAGCCAACUCCAGAGCCACCAGCCCUUCCUGUCCUGACUAUGAGAACUUCCCCAUGGUUCCCAUUGUGGAGACCUCCUACCUGGCUCGAGCCGGCAAGAACGAGUUCCUCAACCUGGUCCCUGACAUUGAGGAGAUGAGACCCGGGUCGGUGGUUUCUAAGAAAGGCUACCUUAACUUCAUGGAGCCCAGGUCUAACUCGUGGGUGAAGUACUUUGUGGUGGUGCGGCGUCCCUACGUCUUCAUGUACAACAACGACAAGGACCCCGUGGAGAGGGGCGUCCUGAACCUGUCCACCGCGCAGGUUGAGUACAGUGAGGACCAGCAGGCAAUGCUGAAGACGCCCAACACAUUUGCAGUGUGUACCAAGCAUCGUGGGCUUCUACUGCAGGCUAUCAAUGAUAAAGACUUGAAUGACUGGCUGUAUGCCUUCAACCCACUUCUAGCUGGCACAAUAAGGUCCAAACUUGCCCGAAGGCGCUCAGGGCAGCUGAAGAAUUGAGAACAGUCCCUACACUGAGUGCAGGGAAUGCAGUACCUGUUCUUCUGACUUGCCUUUGAAGAUACAAAGUGUUAACACUUACUUAUCUUUGUGAUUCUUGACGGUUUUCUCUUGUAUGUAGACCUGUGGCUUAACUCUUCUUCGAAGCACCUUUUUAGGUUAACAUAAUCCUCCACCACCCCCUCCUCCUCACCUCCCUCCCUCCUUCUCCUCCUUUUUUGUCUUUCCUAAAACUUAACUAGUAGCAUGUUGUAAUACAGUCUAGUUGUGUGUGUGUGUGUGUGUGUGUGUGUGUGUGUGUGUGUGUGUGUGCAUGAUUUUUCAGCAGUUUUUUCCAAUUCUGAGUUUUUGUGUGUCUAAGGUUGUCCUAUCAGUGUUAUUUCAGUAUGAAACAAUUUUCAGUUGUACCCGCAUGAUAACACAGGCUGUCGACAGGUUAAGCAGAGAUUCAUGCACACAGCAAAAGUAAACAGAUUAAAUAUAUACCAUUUAACAAGUUAUUAUGUACUUUGCUUAUAUUAAUAGUGCAAUGCCGAAACUGAAAUGUUACCAUAUUUAACAAAACACUACAGAGAUUGCCUGUUGGCGAUUGUCUAUAGGAUUUCUCUCUGGUUGACAAUUGGUGGAACAUCAAUAGAGGCACAGUGUUGGCGUUAGACAGGGUGGUGGCCCUGUCCUUCACACAGAGGAAUGAGACCCCUGAAAGCGCCUCUCUCUCUUGCAGGCAUGUUUAGGCAUCUUCUUUGAUUAGCCUACUUUUUUAUUUUAGUAACUUUUAAUCAUCUCUGUCGGGACUUGAAACCUAUUGCGGAUUUAGGAAAAAAUACGAACGACAAGUAAAAUGGGCGAAACUAAAUUGCAGUCUCACCGUGUCAUAAACGAAAGAAAAAAAAAGAAGCAGUCGAGUGAGGUCAGGUAUUUCAAAUACUCUGGGGGCAGUGUAUUCGUAUUCAGCUAGAAAACAAAAUACCAAAAUGGCUCACAGAUGGCCAAUGCAAAAAGCACUUAUGUUUCUAGAUAAUCUUACUCCAGGCCAGACUGGGAACUGAUGCAGCCUCCACAGACCCACAGAACAUACACGCUGUAUUACUUCAUAUAAGCAGAUGUACCUAAAAUCAUUGUGUUGUAAUCAGCUGUUGUGUUAAUGACAAAGUCCUUCGACCAUCCAGUUACUGGGUUGUAACUAUUAUAACAACAUACAGAUGAAAAACUUUAACACUAUGAAAACAAAAAACAAAUGUCUUCUGUGUAUCUCGGUUCUAGAGUAAUGUUUGUACCAGUGACGUCUGCAGCAGCGAUUGCAAGACGGAUAAUGAGAUUGUCCAAAAAGUUUUAUUUGAUUUGACUUUUAAUUUGUGUUUUUAUUUCUUUUAAUAUUCCCUGUCUGUUUUAGUGGAGGUUUAUUCUCACAAUGAUUUUGCCAAAGCAAUGUUAAUAUUGAAGCACUGUUAUUUACAGCUUCCUACAGCUUGAAAACUAUUAGAAGGUCGAUUAGAUGAUACUGGAAUAAUGAGGUCAUUUUUAGUACUAUUGGAUUAGAACAUGCACCAGAACCGAAAUGAGCUGCUUUAAUGUCCAGGAUAUAUACCCGAGGUACAGCAUUGGACUGUGCCAAGCAUAUAUGGUUUUAUAUCAUAUGCAAAUGCCCAGAUGUUUACGACCAGAAAUAGCAAUGAUUUUCAAAGCCUUUUGUAGCUAAAUGUUGUUGCAGCAUUGCUAAUCAUGAAGAUGUCACUAGAAGAUAUGUUAUUUGAGCUAUGGGGAAGUCUUUCCUAGAUUACAAUGUUUAGCACUUUCAUUCCUCAUGAAGUCGCAAUGGGAGUACGCAGGACAGCCUAGGCUGAUCUUAAGAGUCUGCUGCAGGAGAGGUGUGAGUAGGCACAGUAUUUUUAGCUGCUGAUUUAAUGUGCUUUAGAUACUGUGCUAACAAGCAGUGAUUGCCAGGGUUGGGUAACGUGAAGUAAGAGGUACAUGGUUGAUGAAUGGAAUAGAGUCCUGCUGAAUUCAUUGCUGUACAGAGUAUCACCGAAGUGAAGGAACAAACUAUAAUACUCUUGAUUUUUAUUGUUUAAAGACAUUACUGAAAAACUUUGCUCUGCAUAAAUCUGAAACGGGGCGUCAACCAGAAACAAACUGGAAGAAACAUAGGCCUAUAUAUGAAGUACUUUUAUAUUUAUUCAGUAUUUAGAUGGAUUCUUUACAAUUGUUCUGUUACAUUAAGUACUGUUUAGUAUUGCUGUAUUGGUAUGAAAGGGAUGAUUUGCAUUGUUCAAUAUUCUACAAACCAGCCUGACUGAAGUGUGACAAUACAGGGGAUUGUGACUCUGGCCAGCCAACCAGUAGUACAUGCAAUCCAGCACACUUAGAGGCUGGGACUGAGUGGACCAGGGAAAUGCAGACUAAGGACAGGCAUUCUUUACACAGGUUAUUAACCUUCUGAUACAGCAGGCUUUUCAUUUCUGUACAAACAGAGACAGAGUGGCUAUUCUUCAUGAUGUGCCCAGGGUCUGGGGUCAGCUAGCCUGCAGAGCACAGGCACUCGCACACACACUGCAUGUCAGCCUGUUAUGGCACUGUCAGCUUAGCAUACACUGAAAUAUUACCAUCGGCUAGUUGACAAUGAAAUGAAUUUUCUGUUGAGUUGAGUUUUCUUAUAACUGUUGUCAGAAUGGCUGGCUCUUCUAACUAGUAGUCAGUAGUUUUUGUUUUAAAAGUGGCUAUGCAAAAUGAAGACCCUAUGCAGUUUGUCAGAGCAAAGGUUUUCAUUAAUAAUGAGUUGCAGGUUUAUUAACUUAAAGUAUAGAGACUUUAUUAACGGUAUUUAAUAUUUUAACGUGUGGUGUGUGUGUGUGUGUAUAUAUUGGGUUGCAGUUCUUUGCACAGUAGAAUUAAAUAGUAGGACAGAAAGGCAUACAGUACAAAGGUUUGCAUAUUUUUAAUAAGUCAUUCCACUAACUCUGCCUAAACAUAUACUUGAACUAUAAAUGAAGCAGUGUGAUGCUAAAAUGAGGAGUCGUUCAUUUGGAAAGCCUGGUGUUACUGGUCAUUUUUUUUUUUUUUUUUUUUUUUUUUUUUAAUUAUUGUUAUUGGGAACUGGUUUCAUUUUUGUGCUACCUGUUUAAAAGGAAGUGUCAGCCUGUUUCAGAUUUCAAUUUCUUUACAAGCGAUCUUUAACUUGAACACUAAAUGGUGUUCUUGGCGAUAGCCUGGGUCUAUACCAGAGGAUUAUGAUGUUGAAAGUGGGCCUAUAUUAGGUUUAUAAUAGAAGGUAUUAUCUUAAACAUCUAAUCGUACUUUUGGCUGAGCUCUGCAAAGUGCAGCUCCUUCCUAUGUCAUCUAUUCACCAAUUCCAUCUUAACUCUCAUCAUCCAUUAUUUAAAAGUGCCCCAAAUCUAAAGCAAAUUGCCCCAGAAAGAACAAUUUCAUUUCAGACUGAAGGUUGACAUUGUCUUUUAACACUGGUUUUUGUUUGAGAUCAUCUGCACUGUACAUUAUUUAUUUGUCAGAUUUGCUUCAUUUUCAUACAUUUUAUUUUGUAAAUAUAUAUAUGUUGUAUGGAGCUUGAAUUAAAGUGUAAAUAUUUCAUGUAUUUGUACUAAUUAUAAUCCAUUCGCUGUAUAGCCUAGACGUGUAAUGCAGAUAUAUCUAAUUCUGUGUGUGGUAAUCUUGCACCACUGAACUGUUUAGUGAACGAGAUAACAAUAAAUGUACAACCAGUGCA